AUGGCGGUGAUGGAGGCAACAUUCGUUAAUGCAAAUUUAUGGAUCAAACGAUCGAUGUUGAAGAUUGAUGGGAUCAGCUACUUUAGAGUGCUUGACGACGAUGCUAGUGUGUUGAGAAUUGUGAAGUGCGGAGAAUCUAGGCGAUACACAAGCUUUGGCGGCUCGUUGGGAAGGGGAUCCCGGUCAAUUCUUGAUCUUCUCGCCGGCGAAUUAACCAAAAUCACCACCUCCAUCAACAUUCAACGCUGUAAUCUUCCAACGACAAUAGGAAUGAUGGAGGGAGGUACACCUAAUUUCAAGACUUGGAAUAUAUUGUACCCUGUUUACAUAAAUUCAAAGAAGACGAUUGCUGAAGGUAGAAGAAUCUCCGCAGCAAAAGCAUGCGAAAACCCUACGGCUCUCGAAAUCGGCGAUUGCUGUGGUCACCUCAAAAUUCCUUUCGCUAUUGAGAUUGAUAAGGCAUAUCCAAGGGAUUUCAUGCAAGUAGGGAGGGUGAGGUUUUUGCUGAAGAGACCAGAUGGGAGUCUGCACAAUCCCCUUGUUGCAUCCAAAAAACAGCUGAUGAUUCGUGUUGCUGAAUUGGUUCCUAGACACCCUGGUAGACUGAAGAAACAAGAGCCUGCAUCUACAUCAAAUGCUGUGCCUUCUAAAUCUGGAAAGGGUGGAAAAAAGAAGAGAUAGCUCUUAGCUUCACCAUUUACCUAUAUGUAGUUUUAAAAACCAGACAUUGUUGCUGCUUAAUGCUUAAUUGUGUGAAUCAUAAGAUUGUUUGUUUCACUGAUCUAAAAAAGCUUUUUCUAGUGCUAUUUUCAGUUAAUUCCUUACAUUUUAAGCCUUUUAAGUGACAAGCCAUUCAGAAACCGUUUUUCUUUUUAGCAGAAAAAGGGAUAACGACUUAAAUGGG